CACGGACUCGUUCACCUCACGGCAGUGUCUUCGGCCAUGGGAUGUGCAACUACUGACACCCGUGCGCCAAUGGCAAAGGUUGCAGCACAGGAUACAGAUGCCAAACUGAAGUAUUGGGCAGCUGAUGAUCCCUAUUCCUUCUCCUCUCAUGUGCGGCAUGCUGCGAAGAGGAGUUGGCAACGAGCCAUCGAGCUUCUCGCAUUGCGUCCCACUUGGGACGUAGUGAGUUGCAGCUGUGCUUUGAGAUGUCCCUGGUCACAAGCGUUAGCCUUGAUGGCAGCCAUAGCCAAGAAGGAGUUGCGCCGCGAUGUGAUUUGCUUCAGCAGUGCAAUCACAUCCAUGGAAACUCAGUGGCGGUGGGCUCUUCAGCUGCUUCGUGAGAUGCUCGAAGAUGGCAUGGAAGCUAAUGUCUUUACGUACAGUUCUGCCAUAAGUGUUUGUGACAAGGCUCAGCAAUGGCAACGGGCUUUGGUACUCCUGGAUGAGAUGGGUUUGGACAGUGUGGAGGCCAAUGUGGUCAGCUUCAAUGCGGCAAUCAAUGCGUGUGCCACAUCGGCCAAGUGGACCUUUGCCAUUGCUCUCUUGCACUCCAUGUGGCAGGAGACGGUGGAAGCGGAUCCCAUGACUUUCAGUUCGGUGGUUUCUAGUCUGGAGAAGUGCACUCAAUGGCAAGAGGCAGUGGAGGUUGUUUCAAACAUGGCAUCAGGGCGCCUGGGUGAUGCCUUUGCCUAUUCUGCGGCCAUUGGAGCACUGCAGGGGCGCUGGCGACAUGCACUGGUUCUCUUCGAAGAGAUGUGUGGGAGUGAGGUGAAAGCAGAUGUCAUUUGCUUCAGUGCCCUUGUCACUUCAUGCGAGAAAGGUCAUGCAAUGCAUCCUGCUUUGAAUUUGCUGAAGUCCAUGCGCAGCCAGCAAUGCCAGUUUGAUAUCAUAAUUUGCAAUGCAGUGAUUUCGUGCUGCGAAAAGCGUGGCGAUUGGCCCAGCGCGCUCGAAAUCUUGGAGAUGCGCAGGUGCAUGUUGCCGCACAGUCACGAUGUUGUGGGCUGCAGUGCCGCAGUCAGUGCCUGUGAGAAGGCCAAAGAAUGGCGUUGUGCACUGCAGCUGCUUUCCGAGCAGGACACACGGGACACCAUUAUUUGUAAUUCUGCAAUCAGUGCAUGCGAGAAAUGCAUCGAGUGGAGGUGGUCCCUCCGUAUUGUGGCUUUGAUGAAGGAGAUCCAAGUGCAGCCCGAUGCAGUGAGUUGUAAUGCGGCCAUCAGCGCGUGUGAGAACGCUUCGCUGUGGCGUUGGGCCAUUGCUUUGCCAAAGAACGACUGGGGAAUGGCAGCGAUGAUCAGCGCCUGCGAGAAGGCGCAGAACUGGACAUCAAUGUUGCAUCUCCUGAUGUUGCAGCGCUUGAUGGGGCUUGUGCCUGGAAUCAUCAGCUUCGAGGCCGCCCUGCGCGGUUGCCGAUUGCGCUGGAAGGCCGCUACAGGGCGCCACUGCCAGAUGUGUAUGGCCCGUGUGCGCUUUGGAGCCCGGAUGCUCGUGGUGUGGCUGCAGGGCGGCUGUUUUUGUCUUGGCCUCCACGUGGUCCUGGCGCCUAGAGGCGACUCCCUUGAGUUACGAGUCGGCGUUGGCUUGUUCACCACCUGAGACUGCACGGAAACUCCUGGGGUCUUUGGAGGCGUUGGAGGCUUUUGACAUCCUUCGACCAAAAAAGAGCCAUUGGAAUUGCUGGAACUCCUUGCAUCGCACCGCAAUCACGACUUGAUUGUUUGACAAUUCUGGAUCAAAAGACAUGGCGAAUGAAAGUCAAGAAGC